GGCUGGCCGGGAAAUGUGCGGCGACAAGGUGAAGUGGCAGCCCUGAUCACUUGUAGGGUCAUGUGAAAUUGGACGAUGGCCAGGCUGGGCACUACAUUCUUAGUAGUGUUGGCUUAGCGUCGGCACUGUAGUCCAUUUAGUUGUAGUCUCGUGUUUUGACGGUAGUGUUUUUACUCAAUACUUCUUGUAGUGAAGUCAGCACGCUGUAGUUCAUCGAAGAGGGAGGCAUCCAUACAAACUACAAACAAAUAGCUGUGCGUGGGGAGGAGAUGAUGUAAGGAUGCCAGAGGAACACGAGAAUUACUGCUGUGAGAAUUUGAAGAUGAUGGUACACGAUGGAGGAAACAUCAGUUUUACAUCUUACGAUGACCCAACUGUAUUGAAGGGCAGGCUUUGACUUUUUAUUGCUUAUAAAAAUAGCUGAAAUUUGAUACAUCAUAAAAAAAUUUCACACCAUAUUCAGGAAGCUAAGGGCCACAAAGUAACUUUGGCGGCAGGACCACCAGCAGCACCACCAGCAGCGCGCCCGAGAAGCCGCUGUCCACCGCGUGGCAGACGGCUCUGAGUGCCACUGCCAUGAGCGCCAACAAGAAGCGGCCAGUGCGGCGGCCGGGCAAGGCACCACCAGACCGGCCGGUCAGGGCGCUCUUCUGCCUCCCGCUCAAGAAUCCCAUCAGGAAGCUGUGUAUAGAUAUCGUCGAGUGGAAACCAUUUGAGUACCUGAUUCUCCUGACCAUCUUUGCUAACUGCGUUGCCUUGGCUGUGUAUACACCUUACCCUAAUUCAGAUUCUAACAACACAAAUCUCUCUUUGGAAAAGAUAGAAAAUGUGUUUUUAGGAAUCUUCACAGUGGAGUGUGUUAUGAAAAUAAUAGCAUACGGGUUAGUUGCGCAUCCUGCAGCCUACCUGCGAAACGGAUGGAAUUUACUAGACUUUACAAUUGUAGUGAUAGGGUUAAUAAGUACAGUGUUGCAGAACUUGAUGAAAGAGGGCUUGGACGUGAAAGCUCUUCGUGCUUUCCGAGUCCUCAGACCUCUGCGCCUAGUGUCCGGAGUGCCGAGCCUCCAGGUUGUGUUGAAUUCAAUCCUUCGUGCCAUGGUGCCUUUAUUACACAUCGCUCUCCUGGUUUUGUUUGUUAUAAUUAUAUAUGCGAUUAUUGGUUUGGAGUUAUUCUCAGGAAAAUUACAUAAAACUUGUUUUGAUAAUGCUACUGACGAAGAAAUGGAGGACCCGCAUCCGUGCGGGGAAAGUGGUUUCCAGUGCCACACGAUCGCUGAGAACAUGGUUUGCAAGGAGUACUGGGAAGGCCCUAACAGCGGCAUUACCAAUUUCGACAAUUUUGGCCUUGCAAUGCUGACGGUGUUUCAGUGUGUUACAUUGGAAGGUUGGACGGAUGUGCUGUAUUCGGUAGAAGAUGCAAUGGGAAACAGUUGGCAAUGGAUCUACUUUAUAUCGAUGGUUAUUCUCGGGGCAUUUUUUGUAAUGAACCUAAUCCUCGGUGUCUUAAGUGGAGAGUUUUCCAAAGAAAGAGAGAAAGCUAAAGCUCGUGGCGACUUUCACAAGUUACGCGAAAAGCAACAGAUAGAAGAAGAUCUGAGAGGAUAUUUGGACUGGAUUACACAAGCAGAAGACAUAGAGCCUGAAGGAGAAGACAAAAGUCGUAAUCAUGACGGAAAAUCCAAGGCUGCGGAGACGGAGCACCCCGACCUGGCGGAGGGCGAGGAAGUGGAGAUCGAGCAGGAGUCCUGGUGGAGGAAGAAAAAGAAAAACUUCGACAGAAUCAACAGACGAAUGAGGCGGGCUUGUCGGAAAGCUGUGAAGUCGCAAGCUUUUUAUUGGCUUAUCAUAGUAUUAGUGUUUCUCAACACUGUCGUGCUGGCUACGGAAUAUUAUAGACAACCAUCGUGGCUGGACGAAUUUCAAGAUUAUACGAACUUCGUCUUCGUUGCACUUUUUUCUAUGGAAAUGUUGUUAAAGAUGUACAGUUUAGGCUUUCAGGGUUAUUUUGUAUCAUUGUUCAACCGUUUCGACUGCUUUGUCGUGAUUGGGAGUAUCGGCGAGAUUGUCCUCACACAAACCAAAGUGUUUCCGCCCCUGGGCGUGUCCGUGCUGCGCUGUGUGCGACUACUCCGUGUCUUCAAGGUGACCAAAUAUUGGAGAUCUCUUUCAAACUUAGUUGCAUCACUUUUGAAUUCCAUACAAUCAAUUGCAUCACUUUUGUUGCUGCUGUUUCUCUUCAUAGUGAUAUUUGCUCUUUUGGGAAUGCAAGUAUUUGGUGGAAAAUUCGACUUUGACAACACGCAAGACAAAACUCGCAGCAACUUUGACAGUUUUUGGCAAAGCCUUUUGACUGUUUUUCAGAUCCUUACUGGUGAAGAUUGGAAUGCUGUGAUGUAUGAAGGAAUUGAAGCAUAUGGAGGAGUAUCUUCCCCAGGAGUUCUGGCUUGUGUAUACUUCAUAAUUUUGUUCAUCUGCGGUAACUAUAUUUUAUUAAAUGUUUUCUUGGCCAUCGCAGUAGAUAAUCUUGCUGAUGCUGAAUCUUUAACAGCCAUUGAAAAAGAAGCAGAGGAAGAGGCAGAGAAGCAGCAGAAAUCUCACAGUGGCUCGCCAGCGAGAGAAGCCGAGAGUGAAGCAAAUGAAGAGUUGACGCAUGCAGAGGAACAGGAUGUCGAUGAUGAUAUGUCAGAGAAGGAUGAAGAAACUGGAAGUCACACGAAGGUUCGGCUGGAGAUCGGUGAAAGUGAAGAGUACGCGUAUGAUGACAACUUGGAAAAUCAAGAUGAAUUCCACGAAGAUGAUGUUGAAAUGGAUCUUAAGUCUGCUAGACCUCGGAGGCUGUCGGAAGUCAGCAUAAAAAAAACAAUCCAACCUCUUCCAGAAGGAAGUGCCUUCUUUAUCUUUUCAAAUACUAACAGGUUCAGAAUUCUCUGCCACUGGUUAUGUAACCACAGUUAUUUCGGAAAUGUGAUUCUUGCUUCCAUCAUGAUAUCUUCGGCCAUGUUGGCAGCAGAAGAUCCCCUAAGAUCUUCUACUACUCGAAAUGAUAUUCUGCAAAAGUUUGACUAUCUGUUUACCGCAGUCUUCACUGUUGAAAUCUGUCUGAAGAUGGUAUCUUAUGGCUUUGUGCUACACGAUGGUGCAUUCUGCCGCUCAGCAUUUAAUCUGCUUGACUUGCUCGUGGUGUGUGUGUCGCUGGUUGCUACGUUCAUCCGUGGCAGUGCUAUAUCUGUUGUUAAAAUUCUUCGAGUUUUGCGGGUUCUUAGACCACUAAGAGCAAUCAACAGAGCCAAGGGGUUAAAGCACGUAGUCCAGUGCGUGAUAGUCGCAGUUAAGACUAUUGGCAACAUUGUCCUCGUCACCUGCCUCCUACAAUUCAUGUUUGCUGUAAUUGGAGUCCAGUUGUUUAAGGGGAAGUUCUUCUAUUGCACAGAUCGCUCAAAAAUGACACAAGACGAAUGCAAGGGAACAUAUCUUGUGUUUUCUGAUGGAGAUGUCAACCAACCAGAAGUAGAAAUACGGAUGUGGGAAAGAUACCGAUUUCAUUUUGAUGAUGUAGCAAAGGCCAUGCUCACAUUGUUCACUGUUUCGACAUUUGAAGGAUGGCCUACUUUGCUGUACGUCUCUAUCGAUUCCAAUGAAGAAAACAGAGGACCAAUUCACAACUACCGCCCCAUAGUGGCAGCAUAUUAUAUUGUCUACAUAAUCAUCAUUGCAUUCUUUAUGGUUAACAUUUUUGUAGGUUUUGUCAUAGUUACGUUUCAAAAUGAAGGCGAGCAAGAAUAUAAAAACUGUGAAUUAGAUAAGAAUCAGAGAAAUUGCAUCGAGUUUGCUCUGAAAGCGAAACCAGUACGCCGUUACAUUCCAAAACACCGUCUGCAGUAUAAAGUGUGGUGGUUCGUGACAUCGCAGCCAUUUGAGUAUACAAUAUUUAUACUCAUUAUGCUGAAUACGAUUACGUUGGCUAUGAAAUUCAACAAUCAGCCAAAAUCGUACGAAAAUUUUCUCGAUAAUCUCAACGUUAUAUUUUCGACAGUAUUUGCAAUGGAAUUUGUGUUUAAGCUUGCAGCUUUCAGGUUUAAGAACUAUUUCGGCGAUGCUUGGAAUGUCUUUGACUUCAUCAUUGUCUUGGGCAGCUUUAUUGACAUCAUUUAUUCUGAGGUGAACCCAGGAUCUGGUAUAAUUUCAAUAAACUUCUUCCGCCUGUUCCGAGUGAUGCGGCUGGUGAAGCUACUGAGUCGGGGAGAAGGCAUUCGCACACUGCUCUGGACAUUCAUCAAGUCGUUCCAAGCACUGCCUUACGUUGCACUGCUCAUCGUAAUGUUGUUUUUCAUCUAUGCUGUCAUUGGAAUGAACAUGUUUGGAAAAAUAGCCCUUAACUCCGAUACUGCUAUCCAUCGGAACAACAACUUCCAAACAUUUCCACAGGCUGUGUUGGUACUAUUUCGUUCUGCAACAGGUGAAGCAUGGCAAGAUAUAAUGUUAGCAUGCUCUGCUAUACCUGGUGUUGUUAAGUGUGAUUCCAAAUCAGAUGAUACAUCUUCAACUUGCGGCUCUGAUUUGGCAUUUCCAUACUUCAUUUCUUUCUAUGUACUGUGUUCCUUUUUGAUAAUAAAUUUGUUUGUGGCUGUUAUAAUGGACAACUUUGAUUAUUUAACAAGAGAUUGGUCUAUAUUGGGUCCACAUCAUUUGGAUGAAUUUAUUAGACUUUGGAGUGAAUAUGAUCCUGAUGCAAAAGGUCGUAUAAAACAUUUAGAUGUCGUCACACUGUUGAGGAAGAUAUCGCCGCCGCUGGGUUUCGGAAAGCUUUGUCCGCACAGGGUAGCAUGCAAGAGAUUGGUGUCAAUGAACAUGCCCCUUAAUAGUGAUGGCACUGUACUGUUCAAUGCUACAUUAUUUGCUGUAGUGAGAACAUCUUUGAGGAUAAAAACAGAUGGAAAUAUUGACGAUGCAAAUGCUGAACUCAGAGCGGUAAUCAAGAAGAUUUGGAAAAGAACAAGUCCGAAGCUUCUGGAUCAAGUGGUUCCACCACCCGGAGUUGAUGAUGAGGUGACAGUUGGCAAGUUCUAUGCUACUUUUUUAAUUCAAGAUUAUUUUCGUCGAUUCAAAAAGAGAAAAGAACAGGAGCUGAAAGAUGGUGACAAGGAAUCCCAUAACACUGUCACAUUGCAGGCUGGUUUAAGAACAUUGCACGAUGCUGGACCAGAACUUAAAAGAGCCAUUUCUGGAAACCUUGACGAACUUAUAGAUGACCAUCCAGAACCUAUGCAUAGGAGGAACCACUCUUUAUUUGGAAGUGUGUGGUCGUCAAUGCGCCGAGGCCACGGAAGUUUCCCACGAGCUCUCUCGCUCAAGGUGAAUCCAACACAAAUAAAAGUAUCUCAGAACAAUUCUAUAGAUUACUUACCUUAUAACUCAAUACAACGUGCAGUUACUGAAGGAAUGAAUCAUAUAACCAACAUAACGAAAAGUGCACUGGGUCCACUUACAGCAAGUGGCAUAUCAGUUCAAGAAAAUGAUGGGUACAAAGAAGAAGAAAGUAUUCCAUUACAAUCACUUGUGGUAUACAAUGGAGAUCAAGAUAAAUCCAAUGGACCACAUCAAAUUUUAGACCUCCGAGACGAGCACAGCAGUGCCCUGACUCCCCCCACGCCCCCUCCCAGACGAGUCUCACGGGGCGCGCUGCAGCUAGGGAACUCUAGCCACAGUCGCGUAGCGGACGGCUUAAAACUGGCUCAAGCUCGAGUGGGGGCUGUGGCCAUGGCACAGGUUCAGCCGGGCGGGGAGAGGUCAGCACGUGGACGAAGCUAUCCUUCCGAUCACAGGGCUUCCUUCCACGGCAGAGUAUCUCAAUCACGAGAAACAAACGGGAAUGUUGGACCUGAGCGCUUGGUCCAUUCCUUACCUGGAAGUCCUGCGGACCGCCGACCCAAUUUUCCCGAAGUUGUUGGCUCAGCAGAAAGUUUGGUUGGCAGGGUGCUAGUGGAACAAGGUUUAGGCAAGUACUGUGAUGCAGAGUUUGUCCGCUACACGUCCCGUGAGAUGCAAGAAGCUCUUGAUAUGACUCAAGAGGAGAUGGAUAGGGCCGCUCAUCGUCUUCUUAUGAAGGAAUAUCAAGAACGUCAAUAUCGCCCACUUUCCUUCCAAAUUGCGGAAGAUUCAACUCUAGGACAGUUGGAUCCACAAUUAUAGCAUUGCGCCCCACCUGUUCUUGAACAGAUUUUACCAGCUUGGGCUCCACUAUCAAGUGCCUCAUCUUGUUUCUGUGCAGGGAUUAUGCCAGAAUUUUUUUUAAUUUUCCUAUUUAGCCUGGAACCUAGUUCUGGAUUAACUAAAGCAGGAGUUCAGCACGUGCUGGUAUCAAUCCAAGUGAACAAAAAUAAAAACUUCAGUAUUUUUUUAAUACUUAACAAUACUUCAAAAAAUAUAAUAACUGUGAUGUAAAAUUUAAUAAACAAAAACCAGUUAAAUACAUACUGAUUUUAAAAAUGUUCCAAUUUCCACAAACAAGAAAGACCUGUUUAACUUGUAGUGUUAUUUAUGUACAUUUGUUUUGGUUUAAAAUGUGUUUAGCAAUAUUGUGUUUUUAUUUUUCAUGAAAAAUCAAACAAUAAUAAUAUUGUUUUUUAUUUCAGCAGUGACAAAUGUUUAAGUGUCUGGUAUACAGUUUUCAAAUUAAGAAAUAUGUUCAAACUAACAUUGGUUUUUGCAAUCAUGUGUUUUCUAUGUUAUUUGAUAUGGUGUAGAUUCUUAUAUGAUUUGAAUGGCCUUGUUCACAAUUUAUUUGGAACUGUUAUUUCAAACUGCACUGAUAUUAGACUGAAUAAGUUAAGCGUUGGGCGAUUAUGAGAAAAAUAUUUUCGUAAUGGCUGCUGUGCAACCAAAAACUGUGAAACAACACAAGGAUCAAUAUGUUUAGUAAACUAAAUGUAUGUAUAGAAACAAAACAUGCUAUAGUAACUGUACAAAAAUUUUAAUGUUCUUUUUAAAAGUAUUAAAUAUUUUCACUAUCUGUUAUAAAAAAACUAUAAUGUAUAUUAACAUUGAUUGUUAUUGUGUUUUCAUAUUUAAAGGCAAGAAAUUUAAUGUAAAAUUAAAUAUGAAAGAACAUUUAAAAAGUAUAGUUCAAGAAGUCCACAAACAAACAGGGUACUAAUUUAUUUAGGAAUUUUUUUCUGUAUCCAAACUUACAGUUUUGUUUUGUAAAGCCAAAACUUUGAUAAGAAAAAUUAUUGUCUGUUUUAUUAAUGAGACCAUAAUUUUUUUAUGAUAUUUUAAAGUUUUUCUCCGUGCUUCUACCAAACAGUCAUAUCUUAUAAGUGUGACAUUUCAUGAUUAAAUAUGUCAUUUUAUCAAUUCUUUUUUGAUACUAUCCAAAACUAUUCCUUACAAAUAUUUCAGCGUUGCAAAACUCUUAUGAAUGUUGAAAUGCAUUGUUGUGUGUCCCUCUAACUAAAAAUACAUUUAAAUCGGUGAUCAUCAAUAACUUUCCACUGAACGAUCAUUUACCAGUUUGUUUUAAUGAAAUGUAUAGUAUUAUAUCAAACCAUAAUAUUGCCACGAAAUUUGUACAGAAAUGUGUAAAAUAAUUGUUUUAAUAAAUUAUCAAA